AUGAAGAGCUGCCCUGAAGAUGCGAGAAGCUGUGAGGCUAACUUUUGCGGGUGGUCGAAUGGUGACAACGCCUGGCGGUCUCGUUCCGGAUCGACUCCAUCAUCAGACACGGGACCAGAGCAGGCAGCAGAAGGGGACUGGUACGUCUAUGUAGAGUCGAGCUCCAAUGCGAACAAGGCCGGGCUUUUCAACAAAAGAAAGGGUAGCGCGCCAGAGCCUGGUCGCAGAAAUGCACGACAGGAGUUCAUCCUGACCAGCGGCAUCUUCGACACUUCACCAGCAACGCGGCAUCUCCAUUUCUAUUUUCAUAUGUUUGGGAGACACUUGCAGACGGGCAGCCUGCGAAUGGACGCGUUGCGAAGCAGUGGCUGGACGCAAGUGUGGUCGCGAAUCGGAGAGCAAGGGAUGCAAUGGGGCACAGCAUUGGUGAGUCUACCGCAGGACGCCGCAGCUGUGCGUUUCGUCGGCAUCACAGGUGACAGCUGGAGGAGCGACAUUGGGCUGGAUGGCAUCGCCGCUGGGCUCCCGACUGUGGAGUUCGAUCAGCUCUCUUGUGAGUUCGGUUUCGACACCUGCCUGUGGCAAAGCACUGGUGCCUCUUCAUGGCAGCUUGCGGGGGACGCGGAUGGCCAGUGGCUGGAGGCUGUGCAGAGUGGUUCCCAAGCUUCGCAAUGGAUCUUGGAAACCGUGGCGCUCUUCAACACCACUAAGGACCAUGCCUUGGUUUUCGACUAUCAGUUGAACGGCUCGAGCACCGUGGCGUUGGAGCUACAACACCAAGCCUCCGCUACUGGGGGCUGGCAGCGUUUGUGGACGCAGUCAGGCAGCCGCGGCGCAGGUUGGCAUGCCGCCAUCGUCACCAUCCCUUCUUCCACGAUGAGCCUGCGCUUGGUUGCCAAUAGCACUGACGACGCAGAUGUCGUGCGGAUCGACAGGCUCCAUGCAGCGGACGUCCUGCACGACUGGAGCUCCAUUUCCUGUGGUUUUGAAUCUGACUUCUGUGCUUGGUCCACCAGUUCGCACCCAUGGCUGCGAGGUACCGGGCCGGACGAGGCUGCAGAAGGUGAGUCGUACAUUUAUACAGAAGCCAGUGACAAUGAGAACAAGGCUUUCAUUCUCACCAGCGACCUGUUCGACCCAUCACCGGAAGCUCGGCAUCUCCGUUUCUAUUUCCACAUGUAUGGUGAGGACACAGGCAGCUUGCGAAUGGAGACGUUGCGAAGCAGUGGCUGGAGACAGCUGUGGUCUCGCAUCGGAGAGCAAGGGACGCAAUGGGGCCUGGCACAGGUGAUGUUGCCGCAGGAUGCGAGGGCUGUGCGUUUCAUCGGCAUCACAGGCAGCGACUUCAAGAGUGACAUUGGGCUGGAUGGCAUCGCUACUGGGCUCCCCACUGUGGAGUUCGAUCAGCUUACUUGCGAGUUCAGUUUAGACACCUGCCUGUGGCAAAGCACUGGUGCCUCUUCCUGGCAGCUUGCGGGGGACGCGUCUGGCCAGUGGCUGGAGGCUUCUGGCAACAGUUCUCAAGCUUCGGAAUUCAUCUUGGAGACAGCGGCUCUUUUCAGCACCACUGGAGAGAAGGGCUUGAAGUUGAGUUUUGAAUAUCAGCUGAACGGCUCGGAUGCCGUGGCAUUGGAGGUACAGCACCAAAUCUCCGCCGGAGACUGGCAGCGUUUGCUGUUGGAGUCGGCUGGCCGCGGUGCUGUUUGGCACACCGCCACAGUUGCCGUGCCUGUUGGCAGUGUUGGCUUCAGCUUCGUGGCCAAUCUCACUAGGGAGGCAGAUGUUGUGCGUAUCGACUCACUCCGUUUUUGGCGUGACUUUACAGGAGUCGCUUGUGACUUCGAAGUGGACCUGUGUGGUUGGUCCACAGGCGAGCAUCCCUGGCUGCGAAACACUGCCAGUGACUGGACAGACACUGGACCGGCCCUGGCGGCUCAGGGCGGAUGGUACGCCUAUGUGGACUCCCAGGCUGACGAUCAGGACUUCGUCCUCAACAGCAGCGUGUUCGAGCCGUCCGAGGCCAUCCGACAUCUCCAUUUCCGCUUCCACAUGCACGGGGAGGACAUGGGCCGCUUGCAGCUCGAAGCUUUCAGAGGCGUUGGGUGGACAGAGCUGUGGUCACGAACAGGAGAGCAAGGCCAACAGUGGCAGCUGGCCGUGGCACACUUGCCACCAAACGUCACGGCAUUGCGCUUCGUGGGGACCAUAUAUAACGGCGGCUGGUUGAGCGAUAUGGCCCUAGACGCAAUCGCCACUGGGCUCCCCACUGUGGAGUUCGAUCAGCUCACUUGUGAGUUCGGUUUCGACACCUGCCUGUGGCAAAGCACUGGUGCCUCUUCAUGGCAGCUUGCGGGGGACGCGGAUGGCCAGUGGCUGGAGGCUGUGCAGAGUGGUUCCCAAGCUUCGCAAUGGAUCUUGGAAACCGCGGCGCUCUUCAACACCACUGAGGAGAAGGCCUUGGUUUUCGACUAUGAGUUGAACGGCUCGGGAACCGUGGCGUUGGAGCUACAACACCAAGCCUCCGCUACUGGGGGCUGGCAGCGUUUGUGGACGCAGUCAGGCAGCCGCGACGCAGGUUGGCAUGCCGCCAUCGUCACCAUCCCUUCUUCCACGAUGAGCCUGCGCUUGCUUGCCAAUAGCACUGACGACGCAGAUGUCGUGCGGAUCGACUCGCUCCAUGAAGCGAGCUUCCUGCACGACUGGAGCUCCAUUUCCUGUGGUUUUGAAUCCGACUACUGUGCUUGGUCCACCAGUUCGCACGCAUGGCUGCGACGAUCAGGGACUACUGCUAGCUUAGGUACCGGACCGGACGGGGCUGCGGAAGGUGAGUCGUACGUUUAUACAGAAGCCAGUGACAAUGAGAACAAGGAGUUCAUUCUCACUAGCGACCUGUUCGACCCAUCACCGGAAGCUCGGCAUCUUCAUUUCUAUUUCCACAUGUAUGGUGAGCACACAGGCAGCUUGCAAAUGGAGACAUUGCGAAGCAGUGGCUGGACACAACUUUGGUCUCGCCUCGGAGCGCAAGGGACGCAAUGGGGCCUGGCACAGGUGAUGUUGCCGCAUGAUGCGAGGGCUGUGCGUUUCGUCGGUACAACGGGCGACAGCUUCAGGAGCGACAUGGCGUUGGAUGGCAUCGCCGCCGGGCUGCCCAAUGUGGAGUUCGAUCAUCUUACGUGUGACUUUCGUUUUGACACCUGCCUUUGGCAGAGCACGGGUGCCUCUUCGUGGCAGCUUGAGGGGGAUGCGUCUGGCCAGUGGCUGCAGGCUUCUGGCAACAGUUCUCAAGCUUCGGAAUUCAUCUUGGAGACAGCGGCUCUUUUCAGCGCCACUGGAGAGAAGGUCUUGAGUUUGAGUUUUGAAUAUCAGCUGAACGGCUCGGAUGCCGUGGCAUUGGAGGUACAGCACCGAAUCUCCGCCGGAGACUGGCAGCGUUUACUGUUGGAGUCGGGUGGCCGCGGCGCUGCUUGGCACACCAGUGUCGUCACCGUCCCUCCUUCUACUCUUGGCCUCCGCUUCGUGGCCAAUGCCAGCACUGAUUUCGACAUGGUGAGGCUGGAUUUCUUGUCGGCCAUCGGGUCCGCUGGAGCUCUGGCGGACGUGACCUGCACCUUCGAGAACGACACUUGCAAGUGGUUGGGAGCCUGGCAGCGCCGCAGCGGCCCCUCCGCAAAUCCUACCCUCACAGGGCCCGAGGCUGCCUUCCACGCCGAGAGCUACGUUUAUACCUCAGAUUCUGAACAUGAGGUAGCUGUGCUCACCAGCCCCCUCUUCGCGAAGCUUGCCAACGUCUCUUACCUAGAGUUCGCCUAUCACAUGUUUGGUUCUGGCGUCGGCAAGCUGGAGCUGUGGUACCUGAAAGGUGGCAGGUGGAGCUCGCGCUGGUCCCGGCAAGGAAACCAAGGGGCUGACUGGCUUCAGGCCAAGGUGAGGCUCCCAAGUGGGGUGGAGAUGCUCCGCUUCGUGAGCUCCGGGGCAACAACGUGGGCGGAAGUCGCUUUGGAUGCAAUCCUCGCCUGGGAGGGGCCCGAAGCAGCCCCAGAGUUCCUGAGCCUUUCCUCUGAUGGCUUUCACAAUUGUGCAGUCCUCAAGGCCCAGGGCCUCCUGAAGUGCUGGGGAUCUGGUCUUCACGGCCGCUUGGGUUACGGCAGCGAAGCAGAUGUGGGGACAGCUCCGGGUGAGAUGGGGGAGAACCUGCCGGCCGUGGACCUCGGGGAGCCCGGCGUUCGAGUGACGCAGGUGGCCUGCGGUUGGUGGCACACCUGCGCAGUUCUCGAAACGGGCGUCCUGAAAUGCUUCGGGAGUGGCUAUAAUGGCAAGCUUGGCUACGGACACACCCGCCAUGUUGGAGAUGAGCCUUUGGAGAUGGGCGCGCAUUUGCCAGCCGUGGACCUCGGCCCCGGUGCGGAGGUGGUGCAGGUGGAUGCUGCAGAUAGACACACCUGCGCUCUGCUUCGGGGUGGGAGUGUGAAGUGCUUCGGGGAGGGCCGGCUGCUGGGCUUGGGAGACAAGCGCGGGCCCCAGAAGGUUCGGAGCUGCUGCCAGUGCCACGUUAAGGCGCUCGAGAGAGUGAGAACUUGGAAACUGAGGGAGGAUCGUGGCGACGAGCCCGGCGAGAUGGGCUCGAACCUGCCCGCGAUUGACCUGGGCACCGACUUCGAAGCGGUGCAGCUGGCCUUGGGAGGUCACCAUAGCUGUGCUCUGUCAAGCCAAGGUACCGUGAAAUGCUGGGGACAGGGCGAUCUCCUGGGCCUGGGACUUGCCCCAGCUGUAGUGGACUUGGGCCCCCUUCCCGCUGUACAGAUCGCAGCCGGGGAUCGUCACACCUGCGCCGUGCUGUCCGACGGCUCGGCAAAAUGCUGGGGUGCGAAUCACUGGGGUCAACUUGGGCACGGCAGCCGAGAAUACGCGGGUGACGAGCCCGGUGAGAUGGGCACCAACCUUUCCGUCACAGACCUGGGCGAUGGCAUGACGGUUGUCCGUAUCACGGUUGGCGCUUAUCACACCUGUGCUAUCCUGCAAGACAGGACCCUCAAGUGCUGGGGCUCGGGAGAGAGUGGCCAGCUUGGCCAGGGCAACACAGAGGACUUGGGAGAUGAGCCCUCAGAGAUGGGCUCCAAUCUCCGCGCGGUCGGCCUCGGCAAUCUCGAGGUGCGGGAUGUGAGUGUCGGCGAAAGCCACACCUGCGUGCUCUUGGAGGACGACACCACGAGGUGCUGGGGUACAGGCAAUGCUGGGCAGCUGGGCAUUGGCAGCACCCUUAACGUCGGCCAGGUGCCAGGCGAGCUUGGUGUGGCUUUGGUGCCUGCGCUGCUCUUUCCUCUGACUUUGGGCGCUGGCUUUCAGGGUCUCAGCUUCGCCGAAGACCAUGGCCCCGCCAGAGGGUUACUUCAAAUGCAGCACAACGGUUUCGUGGGUCUAGCCUGCGAUGACGGCCUUGAUGAUCGGGUGGCUCAAGUGGCCUGCCGUGAUCUCGGCAUGGCCGGUGGCAGGGCCCUGACAGCCUUAGCAAUGUGGGGUGCUGCGGGCGCUGGCACCAUCCUUGCUGACAACAUUAGGUGUACCGGUGCAGAAGUAAGCCUUCGCGACUGCGAAUUUCGUGGCUGGCAUCUGCACGACUGCACUCUUCAAGAAGCCGCAGGCCGUAGAAGUGAAAGCUAG